AAGAAGAAGAAGUGUUUCAGGAAGAAGUUGGCGCCUGAAGCUCCGGACUAGGGUAGCUAGCUUGCUAGCUGAAACUAUGAAAGAUACGGUGCUGCAUUGAACUUUUCUUUGUGGAGCUACUGAGGAAUUCCAAAAUGAACGAGUUGGAGUUCAGCGUCCCCCUGUCUUCUCUGGCACUCCUGGUCCCACCGCUUCGACUGAUGUCUGCAGUGAUGUGGGAGGUGGUGAGGCAGCGCAACAUAAAACAUUAUGGGAAACUGGAGGAGUUUGUGUCCACCGUAACGGAUGCGGUUCCUGAUCUGAUGAGUAAAAGAGAGGGGAGGCUGCUGUCUUUGGGCCUCAGGGCGAGGACAACUCUGGAACUGUUGCGCUCGGAGCACCCUGAGGACCUYAAGGCUGUUGAGACUCACCUUAACAGAAUUCGUAAUUCAUGCAUUGAAGAGGCAAGCGAUCCAGUGAUUGAAGCUCCAGAAGCCAACUUUAUGAAGCUAGUGCAAGGCCUCAUUGAGGACACUGACGGCAGGGAACACUUCCUUAAGAACGUGUUUCCUUUGGAAUAUGGACCUGAUUUUGACACAGCAUUAGAGACUCUGGUUUGUGAAUUCUUUACAAGACUUGAGGAGCUGCUGCCAAUACCAGACUUCAAACAGACAGCAUCUUGGAUCAGUGCUGCUCCUGCUGUGCUGGAGGAGUACAUGCAGUGUGUCUCAAAUGGAGACGACCUUAAAUUUCUUCUUCAGAGCAAACAGUGCCAUGGAAAGUUAGCAAAGAAUACUAUUGCUCCAUUUCAAUCAGAUGAUCUUCUGAUUUCAUCUCUGGCUCUCCCUCCGUCCUUGGAAGUGGCCAUCUCCUCCCAUCCAAACGUUUGUGACGAUGAAAACACCGACGUCCCUCAAAUUGUCAUGUUCGACGAGGAAUUGUCCACAAACCCUUCUACUUCAACAGACUUUCCAGAAUCACCCAAAAAUACUGACAUCCCUUCAUCUCCUCCCAGGAGGCAGCAGUUGGGGAUCCAUAAAUGCCCCGAGUGUGAUAAAUGUUUCAAGCAUCACUCUGUCCUCAUCGAACACCAGCGGGUCCACAGCGGUCUGCAGCCCUACAACUGCUCUGAGUGUGGGCGGGCUUUCAGAACAGCCACUCUGCUGGCUGGACACAGGCUCCGCAAGUGUAAAAACGCUGCCUAUCUUUGUAUCAAAUGCGGGAACAGUUUUCCAACGUCACUCGACAAAUUCAGGCACCACUGCCCAAAACGAGGUCGCAGCCAUGAAUGCGGCCAGUGUGGAAAGAGUUUCCCAAAAUCUAGCAGCCUGAAGGAACACCUGCUAACCCACGUUCAGAGCCGCCUUUUCAAGUGCAGCCACUGUGGCGCUGGUUUCUCAGGAAUCGGCGACCUCAAAUAUCAUCAGCAAGUGGACCACGAGAAACCUUACCAAUGCAAGCAGUGUGGAAAGAGCUUCAUCUCCUCAAAGUGUCUGCUCAAACAUCAACAGCGCCACGAAGAGGGUGGGGAACUGGAGACAGUGAAACACAGGGCUGGAGGUAAAUAUAGGAGGAGUGGUUAUCGGACGUCGUUGUCCUCCAGGAAGACCUCUGGCAAACCCGGCUACCCAGGAGGAAGGGUCACGCAUAACUGUCCGCUAUGUGGGCGCAGCUUUAAGUAUCGUUUUGAGUUCCUGGAACACCAGAGGUUCCACACAGCCGUGAAGCCCUACAAGUGCUCUCAUUGUGGGAAAUCUUUCCGGACUGAAGCGCACCUGUCCGGGCACAGGAAGAGGAAGUGUAAAAACGCUGCUCACAUUUGUACCAAGUGUGGCUCUCAGUUCAGGUCUCUCCACGAGCGGGUCAGACACCAGUGUGUGCAGCUGCUGACCAAAUACGAGUGCUCUCACUGCGGGAAGACCUUCAAGAUGGCCCACCUGCUCAGGAACCAUCAGAUGAGCGAACACCAGCUUCCGUACAGCCCCGACCAUCGCUUUAGGUGCAGGUACUGCGACGGCACGUUUCCAGGCAUCAGCGAGCUGAAGUACCACCAGAGGGUCGACCACGAGAAACCGUACCAGUGCCAGGAAUGCGGCAAGUGCUUCCUGUCGGAAAAAUGUCUGGCGAAUCACGAGCUGCGCCACAACGACGACCGACCCGAGAGCUGCCUUGUCUGCGGCCGCGGCUUCAGAAACCGCUACGACCUGAAGCAGCACAUGCGCACGCACACAGGGGAGCGGCCGUACCAGUGCACGCACUGCUCCCAGUGUUUCUCCACAGCAGGAGGGCUGCGGAGUCACACCCGCGUCCACACGGGCGAGAAGCCGCACGCGUGCCCCGAUUGUGGCAAGGCUUUCUCUCAGAUGGGCGCGAUGCGUACCCACAGGCUCACGCACACAGGAGAGAGGCCUUUCAAGUGCGCCGUUUGUGGCAAAGGUUUCACCAUGGCGCACAAAGUAACAGUUCACAUGCGCGUGCACACGGGAGAGCGACCCUAUGUGUGUUCUCAGUGCGGGAAAGCCUUCUCAGACGGCAGCGUGCUCAAGCAGCACAUGCUGAACCAUUCAGGGGUGAGACCAUACCACUGUCAGAUCUGCCCCAAAACCUACACCUGUCUGAACCACCUGAGGAGACACCUGAAGAGUCAUUCUAACAUGAACUGAAUCGAGCUUGAAGGCAAACUGGAGCAGACGCUUCAAACCAAUCAACAUGCUGAACUAAACAUACUGAAACUGCACUAUUUACAGAAAGGUACUCAAGUGUUAUUUGACCAAGAAGCCUCCAAUAUAAAAAAAACGCUGUACGAAUGUUGACAUGGAGAUAAAAAAAAAUCGUUAGUUGCAAACGAUAUAUUCCCAGAUUGUUAGAACCAGCACAAUUUUUGUUCUUUUUAUAGACUUGUUUUCCAGGAUGAAUACAUUUGAAUGUUACAUAAACAAUAAUUCACAGAGCAUCAAGAGUCACAGGUGGGAAUACUUCUAUGAACUGCAUUUGCAUUUGCCUGCAGUGUCUCAACCCYUUAGGAAAAACUCAGCAGGAAUAAAGCUUCACCCCAUCAGGAGGGUUAGAGUUGGUCAAUGAUGUCAACCAGCUAACAGCUGCAUGUUUGGAGUUCACCUUUUUACUUUGUAUCUUGUAAAGUCUUUGAUUAUUUCUUCUUUUUUGUGCUGUUAGCAUGUUUUUCAUGAAGUGGCAGUACAUUUUUGCCCAUUGCACCAUUUAGGUUUAAGGAGAAUUUAAAAAAAAAUAAAAUGCUGAAUGCAAAAAUUAAGCCUAGAAAUAUUUUUUUCCACUGUGACCUGGAGGUGUCCCUGUAUUAUUUGGCUGACAUGCUGUGUUUUUAAGUUGUAGAAAUUUUUGAAAGUAUUUUUUGGACAGACCUUGAUGCACAGGAAAAUUGAUGAUUUGUAAAUAUGUCGAAAUGCAAGAUGAAAAAAGGAAUUCAGGAGUUUCGGUUUCAUUUUGUUUGCUUGCUGUCUGCUUUUUUAAAAAAUUUUUAUUUUUAUUAUUUUUUGUUAUCUUGAUUUGAGUUUCACAUUAAAUUAGCUUGGUUACA